AUGUGUAUUCAGUUUAGGUUUGUUCGCGAUACUGCAUGGCGUUACGCGUGUGCAAUUUUUUUGUGGAAUUUUUAGAACAACCCCAACGAUAUGAGUUUUUUGAACACCGCGUGGGGUGGGAGACCAAACGGUGUAAAAUAUAUCGGAGUGAGUGAGAAACGAACGCUUAGCACUCUCCCAGCAAAUGUGAAGCACAAAAUAUCCGAGGGAAGGACAGUCCUCUCCUACUUUCUUGGAGAUUGCAGUGCCCUCGACACUUUUCUAACUCAACAGGAAGGUCUGCUCUGGGUGAUUCCAAAGUACCUCAACGCCUUAUUUCGUGGCGUUGGACAGGUGAUCUUCUGCAAUAACCCCUGGUCCGGAUUCCUCGUGCUAUUCUCACUCUAUUGGGCGGACAUUACCGUAGGUCUUGCUACUACUUUGGCUGCAUCUACUGCAAUUCUUACAGCGUUUAUUUUCGUACAAGACGAAUCCAAAAUAAAUGCUGGGCUAACGACAUACAAUGCGGUGCUGGUAGGCAGUGUUACAUCAUCCUUGUGGACACCACAAUAUGGCGAGCCCAUCACGUUAACACUGUGGGGAUUUAUUAUCCUUGCUUCUGCAUUAAGCGUUCUUGUAAAUGCCGGAUUGGCUAAUUUGUUGGGAUCUUUCACACCAACGCUACCUUCCUUCACUUUGGCCUUUAAUAUUGUCACCAUUCUUUUGUUCACGUGUUUAAUGCCUCGAAACACAAGGGCCAAGUCCAAAUCUGAGGAGCAACUUAUUCAGCAAUUUCCAGUAAUUCAGCUAUUGCAAGACGAAAAUUUGCACAUUGUUGGGGUUGUUCAAGGGAUUUUAUUAUCAAUGGGUCAAGUGUAUGCUAUUAACAAUCUGGUGGGGAGCAUCAUCAUGUAUCUUGCCACCUUGUUUUAUUCCCCAAUCGUACUCGUUAUGAGUUUGGUCGGUGCGUCGGUUGGUUCCAUAUUCGGAAUUGUGUUUACGGCAUCCCCGUAUGAUUCUGUGUACAACGGGAUUUGGGGGUUCAACGCCAUACUUGCUGCGAUUGCAGUGGGAGCAUUCUUCUUCAUUCCGAACGGGGUCAGCUUCGGUGUGGCAGUUGGGGAUGUGGCACUCGUCGUUAUGAUUCAACAGGCCCUUACGAUUGCUUUAACCCCGCUCAAGUUGCCCUUCUUUACAUUUCCCUUUGUCCUAAGCUCCAUCAUAUUCUUAGAAGUUACUGCGACCAGGGACAAACUUCACCGUGUUUCCAAGUUUUCAUUUCCAGAGAUGCACAUUUAUGAAUAUAUUCAGAGUAAAACAAUGUCUGAACAAAAUACCAGUACGUCAAAACCAAUGAAAAAACAUUAUGACGCAACCCCCGAGUUGCAAAAUGUUUCAAUUCAGUCCCCAUCUGCACCACCACUUCAAUCACUGUACCCGGAACUUAAGGAGACAUCAUAUUAUCCAGAGUAUCUUGAACAAAGCAGGAAUCAACAAGACACUCACUUAAGACUGAGGGGGCGUCAAAACAGCAACGUUGACCACGCUUUUAUUCCCCACUCGUCAACGACCCCGCUCGGACACAUCAAUCCAGCAUAUAAUCCCAACAAUAGAGCAUUUUAUGAUAAUCAACAACACCAAGGGCACAUUUCGUCAACUCCUUCUAACCAUUAUUACAAUAUGCAACAGCACGAUGGACAGAACUUUGACACGAGAUAUAAUCCUAAACAAGGCCAGAUUUUUGUGGACAGAUUGCCUUAUCAUUUCUAUAAUUACGUCCCAGACUCAAGCUUAAUUCCAUCCAUCUAUAGUUCACCACCAUCAGAACAACUGUCAUCCGCACCUGCAACUUAUAUUAACAGUAGACAGAGUGAUUAUCAUCUUAGAUAAAGAUGUUAAGAAACACGGGAGAAACGGAACCAAGAGACACUGUUAAAUUUUGUACAUACAUAUGUACAUACAUAUAAUUAGAGUAAAACAAAUAGCAUUUUGUGUUUUUAAUAUUUUUAAUAAAUAAAGUUUCAUCAGUUUAUCGUUA